UAGCCAGAGACGAUCAGAGGCAUUUUUUUUAAAGCUCUUACCUCGGAGUUAGGAGCUUGGACACCAACCGGUAUGAAAAUACACUGUUAAAAGUGUUGAGAGGAUACUCAUUUUGGGUAAUGUCCAAGCCCGAACUCAGUGGUACGACCGUUCAAAAAACUCGACUCAGGUCAGUUGAGUUUGCGACUUUGAACUUGAAAAGGGGAUAUUUGACUGACAGUCCGGUAUCAGGUUGAGGUUCUCCAUCUGUGAGUGUGGUUCACGUCGAGCAAAUGUAUGUCGAGAAAGGUCGAGGGGUAGAAUCGAACCGGGUGCCGGUCUCUUCGGCUACCAAGCUUUCGUUUUUAGGUGUGAGCCAAGCAUGUUCUAAAUUCAACCACUCGACCCGAGAUUCCUAUUGCCACAAUCAAAAAACUUAACCCUGGUCUGACACCAACAGCCCCCCUCGCCACCCCCCCUGCCCAUCGAAACGAUGAUCUCAACGAAGAAGCCAUAAUAAUAAUACCAUCAGUACUUUACAGUAUCCCCACUUUUUAACACACGUUAACGAACAUGAAUGUCAUGACAGCAACCUCAGAAAAUCUCAAUCUUCCUCUUCAACUACCUCUUGAACUCAAUGAUCAGGACAUAUCCUGAUUUGUCAUGAACGAAACCAGCCGCGGAGGAGGGGGUGGGUCCUCAAGGGACCCACCCAUUGGGGGAUUCAUGAUCCCGCCUUCCUCCGGUGCGUCCUCACACCAUUCUCAGGGAAACCAUGCCACCUCUUCGGCCAGUAACGACGACUGUGGCCUCACACCGCUCAGCCACGACUUGGACCACUUUGGCGAGGGGAUGACCCUGUCACGGCUAUUAGCUGGGGACUCGCCGGCCUGGGACUUUGACCCACUUAACCCGGGAGGUGGCGGGAACGGUCCCCACUCAAACAACAACCAGUACCGACCCUGGGAAUGUGAUCUCCCGAGUAUCACGUCCAUGGCGUCGGCGGUCAGCUCGGGCAUUCCCACGUCAGUCACCUCCAUUGCUCCACCCAAUGUCUUGGCUCCGCACGCGACUGCCGUCAGGGCAGGGCCGCUCCAUCAUCACCAAUUCUACCAGCAUCCACAUCACCCAGCCGCCCCCGCACAUCACUUCAUAGACCAAAGAUUACCCUCGUUCCAGUCGCAAUUCCACCAAGAGAAUCCCCAUGCCAUGUUUGCCGCAGCAGCCGCCGUCAAUUCCGGCCAACGAGGUCUGCCCUCACAUUAUCCCAUCUCUUCGGGGCCCAUUCAGCCCCUCAUCGAUGGACAUCAUCCAUUUCCACCCCAUGCCAGCACUUACCACCAUCUGCAGCCCAGACCCCCGACCUACGGGAUUGGGGCUCACAACUUGAACCCCAAUCGAGGGCGCAAGAUCAAUGACCGUCCUCCUAGUGCCACGAGUAGUAGCAAUAUGGUCGAGGCCCAUCCCACUCUAACCGCCCAACUCAGGAAAAAGUCAGCUCGAACCACCUCCUUGGAAGGCAUGGACACACUCGAGGCCAGGAACAACCCGCCAGAUACUCCCGGGCAGGUGGCCGCUAUCUCCUCCACCGAGCCCACCCUGGACAAGUUGGGUUCCUCCCAUCCUCUGGGAAUAGUGGGUCGCUCGGAUGAGUCCAACAACUUCAAGUCACCUGGCAGUCAGCAACCUAGCACACCAGGAUCCAGUGGCAACGGCUCGCAACCCGCCUCCAGCAUGGCCGGGGGUGGGGAUAGCGAAAAAGGCACCAAGAAGAAACGUAAACGCUGUGGCGAAUGCAUUGGAUGUCAAAAGAAAGACAACUGUGGUGAUUGUGCUCCAUGUCGUAACGACAAAAGUCAUCAAAUCUGCAAACUCAGGCGUUGUGAGCGUCUCACCGAGAAGAAACCCAAGAAACCCAACCCUCGCUCCAAAAAUGCAAAUGGCAGCUUCAACUCUGAGUUUGGUGCCCCCGUAGCGAAGGUAAAACGUGGCCGUGGGUCCAAAGCUGCAGCUGCAGCUGCCGCAGUCCCAACAUCUCGUGCUGAAGCGCCCACAGUACAAGAAACGCCCAGACCAGAAAAUAACUUGCAAACGUCAACCAAUUCAAGUUCCACAUCCACUCCAACGGGUUCAAGCCCAUUUACGAGUACUGCAGGAAGUGGUGGCGGAAGUGGUGUAGGAGGAGGAGGAGGAGGAGGCGGAGUUGGCGUGUCAGCCCCAUUUAUGGACAGCAGCCAUACCCAUACUUCUUCCUCUUGGGGGACGGCCAGUCAGAACACGCCCUCCAACCCUCCGUCGUCCUCGGGGAUUGACCCAGCCACCCAGCAGUGGCAGCAACAACACUAUCCCAUGGCUCCCCCACGAAUGACCUCCUUGGACUUUCAACAAUCCAAUGGAGGUGCCAGUGGUUCGUCAUUCUUUGAACAGGCCUUCCACCGACCUUCGCCCUCUCUAAGUAAUGCACCGGGUGGAGGUGGUCGUGUCCCAUCCAACGGAAGCUACGCCAUGGAGGCCUCUUCACUUCCUAGUCCCAAUCUUAACAGUGGAGGCGGUACUUUCCUCGGCCUUAAUGGCAAUCCGCCACCAGGAGCCACCGCUCUGGGAUACAAUUUGGCCGUGAAUACGGCACCUCAUCCCGCCCUCCGAUCGCACCCUUCGCCGCGAGGUCCUCCCACUCCAUAUUCUGCGGCAGCUGCCCACCAACAGCUGCAUCAGUCGGGAAACUCGCCGCCUGGAUACCCACCCCGUCCCACCUCGGGGAGCAGCUUACCCAGCUAUAAUAACUAUCCUCUCUCCGGAGGGUAUCCAGGCUUGAACCUAGGGACGGACCCGCCCAUACAUACCACCUCACGCCCCCAUCACUACAACGGUCAUAGCAGCCCCGACUCGACAACAGAGCUUCACCGCUAUCUGCCUCCCUUGCCAUCCAUAAUGGGACUUCGAAGCGGACCACCAGACAGACCGGUUUUGCCCCUCCCCACUCCUGGACCGCCGUCUUUUUUAGCCUGUAGCGCUGCUGAGAUGCCACCGACUCCAAGACUGCCUUCUCCAGAGGUCCUGGCCCCAUUAAUUCCUCAACAAGAAUGGCCAUCUGACCUGUCGAGAACGCUUCAGUCUGGCUUUGGUAGGAUCCCUGCAGCCCCGCCUACAUCUGAUCAAAAACGGUCCAUUGGGCACACACCAGAAGAGAAUACUCCUCGUCAGACAUACAACAGUGGUAGUGUCCAUGUUUCACCCCAAAAUAAUUCUACCUCAAUCAACAAUAGAACCAAAAGUAUUUCUCGGCCUGAGAACACAGACAAACAACAGGCGGCCAAAGAAAAAGUCCGAGCAAACUUGAAAGACGAAUCCCCGCCAUGUGAAUGCAAGUUGGAGCAUGGAUUGGAUACUGGUCCCUACUACACACAUUUAGGUGUCUCUCAAAACAUUAGAGAACUCAGAGCGGGCUUUGAGGCCAGAACGGGUUAUCAAGGCAAAGCCAUACGAAUAGAGAAAGCAAGAUAUUGCUCGAAAGAAGGCAAAACUCAGCUUGGCUGCCCCAUAGCGAAAUACGUCAUUCGCCGAUCUAGCGAGGAAGAAAAACUACUUAUUGUUACAAAAUAUCGCAAUGGCCAUACGUGUCGGAACUCAUGGAUUGUUGUGUCCAUAGUGGCUUGGGAAGGCGUUCGUGGGGACUUGGCUGACUAUUCGUAUGACAAUCUCCGACAUAAACUGGCCAAUUUUGGCAAGGAUACACAAAGACAAUGUGGAACAAAUAAACCCAACACUUGCGUUUGCCAAGGGACGGAUAGUCAAAAAGCAGGUGCCAGUUUUUCGUUUGGGUGUAGCUGGUCCUUGUUCUACAAUAUGUGCAAAUACGCCAAAAGUCAGGAUGUGAACAAGUUCAAACUCAACCAGAAGUCAAACGCUGCAGACGAGAAGGAAUUGGAAGACAAUUUACAGACCAUGGCGACAGAACUGGCCCCACUAUAUCAAGCCGUUGCUCCGGAUUCAUACAAUAACCAGGUGGCAUUCUCAGACGAGGCCCAAGAUUGCCGAAUUGGCACAGGUCCUGGCCGUCCAUUUUCGGGGGUGACAUCGGUUGUGGACUUCUGUGCUCACGCCCACAAGGAUGUUCACAACAUGAAUGCAGGUUGCACCGUGGUAGUUACGCUCACCAAACCUGAGAACAGAGUUAUGGGUGUCAAACCUAAUGAUGAACAACUUCAUGUAUUGUCUUAUUAUGCUCCUGAAUCGACGGAUGAGUUUGGCUCUCAAGAAGCACAACUAGAAAAGAUCCGUAAUGGAUCGUUGGAAGUUCUGGAGAAAUUCGAGAGGAUAACAUACACCCGCGAAGCCCCUCCAAAGCGAAGAAGCAACCAAGUCAAGGGGGAUCGCAAGAGGUUUCUUGACGAAUGGUUCAAGUCAAAAAAGAAUGGAACACCUUUCAAUCCUCUAAGCCAGCCCAAAAAGAAGUCCAAAUCAGAAAAAUCCAUCAAAGCCCUUGAAAAUGAUCCUUAUCCGGAGACUGCUCCGUCCUUCUAUCCAUCAGACAGUUAUAGCUUCACUGCAGAUUGGAUGUACGACAUAAUGGCUCAAGACUAUCCCUACGGUCCAAAUACGUUUCCCAAUGCCUCCUGGGACACGACUAUUCCCCAAACCGAUGGGGCGGAAGAGAUUAUGGGUGUUCCUACAGACCCUUGCAGCCCACCCAAAGCGCACAACAACUCAAAUAUGUCGCUCUUAUACCCUACCUUCAAUCAGUUCCCUUCAGAGCAGCAGCCCAAUAAAUACCCUCAAAGGGAGCAAUUUCACCAUCAUCAACAACAACAACAACAACAACAACAAAUGCAUUUGCCUCAACAUCAGAAUAUCAAAGAAGAGCCUUCCAAGCCUAAGUUCAACUUGUAUCACACAACAUCUGAAGAGAACUUUCAAGACCCAAAUAUUGGUGGUCUUGCAAUUGCCCUUACUCAUGGGUCAGUCCUUUUUGAAUGCGCCAAACACGAGUUGCACGCCACCACAGCCCUAAAAAAUCCAGACCGUUACAACCCAACCAGGAUUGGUCUGGUCUUCUACCAACACAAGUCACUCAUCCUACCUAAACACGGGUGGGAGGAAUGCAAAGAAAAGGCUUUGGAGAAGAACCUCCGUGAUUAUGAGGCUUGGAAGGAAGGACACUUUGUCCCUACGGCCAGGAAACUUCAGAGGAUGAAGGAGGAUGGUUUCGAGUUCCCUGAUGAAGUUCAAACCAUUUCCAAUGCCAAUGAUCUCUGUUUUGAUGACAUCCGCAAACCUGAUCUCUCUUUCUUGGGUGGUCGACAGGGCACUGAGUCUGUGUCCCCCUCAAAAAACCGCCACCAGUAACACCUGUCCGCACUUUUUCUUCAUGACGCUGCCUUAAGGCUCUUUAGUCAGUGUCGCCAUCAUGUCCGAUCUCAAAAACUCAACUCAGUUUUGAGUGGAUCUCAACGAAAAUUAAACCAUAUUUUUGGCAUCACUUCCACACUUUCCCUUCCCCAAUGAUUAACAGUCACUUUGUUUAGUUUAAAGUGUACAUACAUAAUAGUGCCCCUUCUUCUCCCCCUCUUACUUGCCCCCAAUUAUGACCUUUGUACAUUGAUGAAAUAUGAAUUAGGACUUGUUGCACUGAUUAUGUAACCGAAAAAAAAAAAUCAAUUUCUUUCAGUUUCUUCCCCCUGAUCAUGAAAGAGAAAACAAAAAAUAUCUUAAUUUCUUCCUUACCCGCGCUCUCCCCUGUACUCAAUUAAAUAGUUUGAGCUCUCCAUGAACCCACCAAAGACCGCUUCCCUCUUAUCUCAUAGCAACGUUUACUGCAACUUCAGUCUAUCAUACAAAUGAAACCAGAACUGCCAUGCCCAACAAUCUUGAUUUCUCUUCAGAUUAUUACGUCAAAACCGUGUCGCUUACCGCAUUAUUAUUGCGGUAAAUUGUUCAAAGUUGAAAAUAAACAUUAUUUUGUUGGCUUGGAACGUGGAGAUCCAGUCAAGUCAAAUGA